UGCACUGAGAACCUAGUGCCCAGCUCCCAGGGGCCCCCACACUGCCUUGCUGCCCAUUUGCACCACACGGGCCAGGCUGCGCCUGGGUGCACAGCACAGGGAACUAUGCCCAAGGAGGCUGGAGAAGACAGCUUAGGGAGGGCAGAUGGCACCACCCCAGCAGAGCCUACCGACCCCAACAGCAGCGAGCCUGGAGACAUCAGCCUGCACCCCGUGGAGUCCAUCAGUGACCUGCACUGGGCCUCAGGCGGACACAAGGGUGCUGAGGGGAAUGGCCCAGCUCAAUCAAGGACCCCACACAGGCCCCGUGCUUACCCUGUACCCUGCACCAUCCCACGCCAGCCGCUGCUACCCGUGUUGCGCCCUGUGCCUGCUGCCACUGCCUGCCCCUGCCUCGGCCCCUGCCACCCCCUCUUCCUUGCUCUGCUGGGCAUCCUGGCACUGGCUAGCCUGGUCCUUGCCACAUUGGCCAUCUACCUGAGUGUGCUGCAGAGCCAGUCAGUGCGAGUGCUGGUCAAGUGGCUGGAGAGCCAGGAGGAAGUCGUGCAGCAGCUGCGGGCAACCAGUGGGCAGCUCUGGGCCCGCCUCAAUGCCAGUGAGGCCAGUGAGCAUCGCUGAGUUACUCCCUGCACCACGCCAGGACUGCGAGCUCCAUGGAGCCCAGCACAGCUUACACGAGGCAAGGGGCACCAAACUGCAGCGGACGGGAGCAGGCAGCCCUGCUCCACUGACCCCCACUAUUUAUUACCCAACUCUGCUGUUACCUGGCAGCAUCCCCCCAAUAACGGCACAAGGGGCAGGGCAGGGGGAACUACGGCCCCUGCCACAAAUGCCAAAGCAAGGGAAGGACUUGCAAUGACAAGCAAGAGCCCUGGAGUUGCAAAGGGGCUUACAUAGUCUAGGGAGAUAGGCAUAUAGGAGAACGCUAGCCCUGGUGACAGCUCUUCCCCUUCAAAAUAAGGCAGCGGGCGCCCUCCAAUCAGCCUUUUAAUUACCUCCAGUAAUCAAAUCUUAUAAAAUCACCACCAUAAAUACAUUCCAGGGUGGUCAGAAACUCCCAGCUGGCAUGACCGCAUUCCUACCACAUGGGAAGUCAUGCCACCUGCAGCCUUCGAUGCUGAGGCCCUGUGGCAGCCCCUGCUGAGGAUAGGCAGAACAGGUGCCCCCCAGGAGUGGUACCCAGCCUGGCCCCUCAGGGAGGCACAGGCAACGCAGGGAGGUGCCCGCUGCACCACCUACACCCAUAAUUUGUUUCCCACAAAAGGGCUACUUUUAUACAAAGAAUUGGGCUAGAAAAGGGUUCAUAGCAGUAAAUUGGCAGGGCUGGGCAGUGCCCACCAGCCCCCAGGAAUCCAUGCCAUUCAGCAACCACCCUUGGGUGCCAUGUUAUUACCAGCUGUAUGGGCUAUGCACAGUGUGACAGCAAGGAACUGAGGCAGUGCUCCCGCUGCAGACAUACUGGUGGGCAUGCACAGCCGGGCCAGCCAUCCCACAGCUCUGCCUAGUGGGCAGAAAGCACAAUUCUCCUAGCCCACCUGGUGUAGCUUGGGCAUUCCUCCCCACUCUCACCCUGGAGGAACCCAGCUCUGUCCUCCCACAAGGCCAUGGCACUAUGCAGGGCUCUCCCCAGCCAGCUUCUCUGGCCAUGAUGGGCAACCCCUAUACUUACGCAGGACUGGGAAGGGGGGGCAUGAAUGAGGGAGCCCCCCCAUAAACCUUGCUUCCAAAAUGGGCUGCAGUAACCUUGUGACACCCUCUCCCACCCUGCCACAUGGAGCAGCAGUCCCCCUUGGCACAGAGCAGGCAAGCAACAGCACCCUCCAGCCUCUUCCCUUCACUUUUCUUUCACCCUUCUCUUCUUAUUUUGGUUAAAAAAAAUAAAAGAGGAGGCAACCCCCAGAGGGGCAGCACCAGCCAUUAAA